GCAGACACCGCGCGGCGAGGGGUGCGCAGCGGAGACCCUGUUUGGUUCCUGCCGUCUACACUUUUUCCGUCCAACUUGAGGUUAUACUCCUGGGUGGAACACUCUAGACAGAUUUCGGGAAGCUGUUGCUUCCAUGUGGAGCGUGCAAUCCGGGGACGAGAGGCAGGAUAGAACUUGGCCGUAUCCACGUGUUACACCGAGGUGCGGUCCCCGCGGCACUGGGACUUCAGAUACCCUUACCCUCUAUUGUCCCUGGAUUGGGUCGCCGGAGUUGGGCGGUGGGGUCUGGAGCACAAGAAAAAGCCGAUUCGUCUCUCUCCGGACUCGGUUCCCCGUAAAACGCAAAGAAACACACUUGACAGUCUCUCUGGCCACCGAGGGAGAUGAGACAUAGAGCGCUGCGGUGGCCGAGGUCCGUGAAACCGAGUCACCUCUGGCCUCAGGUUCCCAGACUGCGGCUGUUAUGGGGCGGCUGGGGAGAGGCGGCCGCGUGGGGACGCUCGCGCGGCGCGGCUCGGGCCAGGACUACCCCUCCACCCCGCCCUGGUGUAAUAACUUGGGCUCCUCCUCCUCCGGGAACGCAGCGUAGUCCGGUGGCAGCCGCCCCUGCCACCUCCCUCUGAACUCUCCGACGAAGCAGAUGAAGCAGCGAGCCAGCUGGGGAGGGGGCUGCCCCUUGGCCCCAAAGGGUUCUCGCCUAUCCCCCUGAUCCGAUGAUGGCCGUGGACAUCGAGUGCAGGUACGGCUGCAUGGCCCCUUCCUUGCGCAGAGAGAGGUUCGCCUUCAAGAUCUCGGCGAAGCCAAGCAAACCUCUGAGGCCUUGUAUCCAGCUGAGCAGCAAGAAUGAAGCCAGCGGAGUGAUGGCCCCCACCAUCCAGGAGAAAAAGGUGAAAAAGCGAGUGUCCUUUGCAGACAACCAGGGGCUGGCCCUGACAAUGGUCAAAGUGUUCUCGGAAUUUGAUGACCCGUUAGAUAUUCCGUUCAACAUCACCGAGCUCCUAGACAACAUUGUGAGUCUGACGACAGCAGAGAGCGAGAGCUUUGUUUUGGAUUUUCCUCAGCCUUCUGCAGAUUACCUAGACUUCAGAAACCGGCUUCAGACCGACCACGUCUGCCUGGAGAACUGUGUCCUGAAGGACAAAGCCAUCGCCGGCACAGUGAAGGUGCAGAACCUCGCGUUUGAGAAGACGGUGAAAAUAAGGAUGACCUUCGACACUUGGAAAAGCUUCACAGACUUUCCCUGCUGGUACGUGAAGGACACGUACUCUAGUUCAGACAGGGACACGUUCUCCUUCGACAUCCGCUUGCCUGAGAAAAUCCAGUCGUACGAAAGGAUGGAGUUCGCCGUGUGUUACGAGUGCAAUGGGCAGACGUACUGGGACAGCAACAAGGGCAAAAACUAUCGGAUCACGCGGGCGGAAUUAAAAUCCACGCAGGGGACAGCCGAGUUGCACAGUGGGCCAGAUUUUGGAAUAUCCUUUGACCAGUUCGGAAGCCCUCGCUGUUCCUAUGGCCUGUUUCCGGAGUGGCCUAGUUACCUAGGGUACGAAAAGCUAGGACCCUACUAUUAGUGACUGCGAGUGCCAGAGGCUGGCCCAGCAGGUGCAGACAAGCCUAGCCGCCCUCACGGUGGGAGGAGAGGGAAGCCAAGAGAAUAGCCGAACUGCCGUUAGGCACAGUUUUUGAAAAGAAAGGAUCCUAUGCAGUUUUUCCUUCAACCAGCAAGCCCAGCCCGGCCUAGAUCACAGAACUGGCUUCGCGCUCAGAGGGGCUGCGGUGUGCUGGUCUGUUUGGCACCUGUGGCAGCCGCAGCAUCUGGGCAGGAUGCUGCCAGGAAGGGUCUGGACAGGAACCGGGCCUGCAGGCAGUGCUGGCGAGGCUGGAGCAUGGUGGCUUCAUAAGGACGGAACUCGGAGGGUGCCCGGGCUGGGUGGAGGAGCCACUGGGGAAAGUCAGUCACUUGAAUGUCACUGCCCCCAGCCACCUUGUGGAUCCUGGCUGUUCGUCUUUGGGUGUUCUCCACCCAGCCAGGCCCUUCCUGCCUGUUGCUGCUGUCCUGUGUCCAUGGGCUCUGCAUACUUUGUGCGCAUUUUUGUGUGUGUGUGUUUUUCUUCAACAGUUUGUCUGAUGUGCAGGAGAAGAUAAGAAAGGCAAAUCAGCCUGUCAGACCGGCACUUCCCCUUUCUGACCCAGCGUGACUGGCUCCUGGUCAGUGGCAUAGACUGUGUCUGUGACAGCAGGACAGUCAUGAGUGGGACACUUUCAGCUUCUCCUCUUGGCUUUUGGGGGAGCUUGCUAAGUACUCAGCCUUAUCCUGAGUUGCCAGACGGCUCAACGACAGGGGUGCUUUAACUCGCUCGGCGGCUCCGCACGCGUCUCCUCGUUCACACGAGGACUUUCGAUCACCUUUCCUGGAGAGUCGUCCUUUACGCUAUGUUCAGGACCCUUGGACUUGCAGAUCCACUAGCUCCCCAGAGCCCUCCGAAAAUGUCUGCUUUUAUUUUGACUGUGAUUUACAAUGUCCAGGACACUUUACGUGCACCCGGGGCUCUGACUUGGGUGUUCUUAUUUAUGGCAUGUGAGUAUGGUUAUGUGAAGCGAGGAGGGGAGAAAAACCUCACUAAGUUCUCCUCCAUCUUGCAAGUGUGAAACGUCGGACGUCGAUUGUUCUUCAGCGCGUUGGACUAAGGGGUUAAACACCCGUCGGCUUUUACUGUUGUAAGGCUCCGAGACCUUGACUGUCAGAGGGCUCCCCAGACCCUGGGACUUUCCUUGGGCGGGACUGGCUUGUACCUGGGGUGGUUUACAAUAUUUUUACAUGUGUAUUUGUAGAAGGUGGAGGGAGGGUUCUGUUUUGUUUUUGUUUUUGGAGAUUAAACAACACUCUCAGAUUCCUUUUGCCUGAUUUACUCAAGCGAGGUCUCCCUAAGGGAGGCCGGAGGCAGGCGCACAGCCCCGGGACUCUGGAAGCCGAGAGUCUCCUUCCUCUGGCACCCUCCAGGCCCCGGAGGAAGGACGUCCUGCUUCUGCAUGGGUGAGUGUCAGGCAGGGACGGAGUGUCUGGCUUGGCUCCUGGAGUUUGGUGGUGGUUGUUUUUGUUUGUUUCUUUUAUGAACUUUAAAAUGUUAUAACUUUUUAAGCGCUCUUUAAGUGGUGUUCGAUGUAAUGCUUCUUCCUAAAAAUGGCUGUUACUAGUCUGCAAUCUAGUGCUUUAUUCUUCAUUCCUCUGCCAGGUGGGCAGCCCUGAGGGAUUCCACGAUAAUAUAACUUAUGGGAAAAUCACAUUCACCUUGUGCUGAAGUUGGGCAAAACUGAUUUAUCUCAGCGUAUCUCACAUCAAGCACACAGAGAGUACUUUGUGUUACAAAUCUUGUUGAUCAGAGCCAUUAAGAGCGUAAAUCUAAACUGAAUGGAAGCAAACCUGGUUUCAUAUAGGUCGUGAAUUGAUUUUGUCUUGAGAAGUCCCCUCCCUCCCCCGCCCUCCCCUGCCCUGCCUGGACAGGUGUGAGCCGCACUUUCAUGUUACCAGACUAGAGGUAAUGAGAUCAUUCUGUGUGCCUGAGAAAAAUGCCUCGAGUGACUUCUCUGCAGUUUUCAAUAAUACAGUGAUCCUAAGACAUUCCUGUGUCAAAAUUUGAAAUAGGGUGAUUCAGCGAUAAGCAUCUCUUUUAAAACAGCUGUAAACCCUCCCUUCCCCUUCUUGAGUCCCAGGCCUCCCCUGGUUUUUGUUUUUUGUUUUGGGGGGUUUUUUUUUGCUGGCAGCUCUGGCUGCAAGCCCCCAACCAGCGCACCUGGGACCCUCUCCCACCAGGCAAGUCCUCGCCCGCUCGCUCGCAGAGACCCUGCUCCGACUGAAGAGUCUGGUGCCCGGCUCCCUGUCCGCGUCACCAUUCAGUGAGCUUGGAGCCUCUGAAGGAUACCAGCUCCUGUUUGCUAAGCAGGCUUUCUCCUUCUGUCCCCUUCUGUCCCUGACUGUCAUCAGAUGGCCUCAAGAGCUGCCUGAAUGGAACCUCUCAUUCCGUAGGUCUCCGUCUGCUCGCAGGUCUCCAUGCUCCAGAGAAAGGCAGGUUUCCAAGCUGUAGACUUCCCUGCACCUGGCCUGUGGCUUGGGCCCUCACACAGCUCUUGGCUGUGAUGACAAAUGGCCCCCAGUCCUGGGGUCCUUCCUGAGUUGCCCCAGAGGGCCCAGCCUCCUGCAGCGGGGCUGGUGGUCCGGGAAUGGGAAAGCAGCUCCAUUUUUGUUUCUUAUUUAUUCCCCAAAAUGCCUUGGGUUAGCGUUUGCAAAUUAGGUGCAAUAAAUAAGCUGGACUAUAUAAAGAUGUAAUAAAUAAGCGUUCAGUGUUUCUUGGAAGAGAUGAAGCAUUUGAGUGGGUUUCUUCCUCUCGCUCUUUUUUAGCAUUCUUGGUAUAGCAUAGCUGGUGAGAAAUAAUGGAGUUACGUAGUUCUCCACAAAUUAAAACAAUUUCAGAAUCAAUGUAGAAUUUCUUUUUUCUCUAUGAUUUAAUUUUAAUGGUGGCAAAACAAGACUCGAUGUUUUUUAAAGCUGUAAAUUUCGAACUGCUCAACGAAUUUGUGGUUUUGAUCUUUGCUUAUAAUUUGCUUUUGAAAAACAAGCAUCACUUGUAGUCACUUGGAUGUUAAAUGGGUUGUAUAUGUGUUUUUAAGCCCAAAAAGGGAUUGUUUGCUCACUUUUUAGAAAUGCCCAUUUUCUGGCUCUCAGUGGACAGGGAAUGAAAGCCUUGGUUGUUUUUUUCAUUUGUUCCCUCUUUUAAACCGCCCCCCCACGACUGGAUGUGGUUCGCCGGAGCAGGCCUCGCGGCUCUUUGCUCCAGGAGGUCCCAAUCUGCUUGUCUCUUCGGAUGUGAUCACUGACACUGCGGAGAAGUGAAACAAAGAAUGGCAUCUUACAGGGUCAUCAGAAAACACUUAGGCAGCCACUUUCCCUCCCUGAAGUGGGACACAGCCCGGGUGGGACAGGGGGCUGUGGCUCUGGGCAGCUCCUCCUCCUCGGGGUCGGAAAGCACAGCAGCCCAGGCUGUGAAGCCAGGAACGUUUUUUACAGUUCUGUUUGUUAUCAGUGCCCAGAGAUUGCUGGGCCCAGGAGGACUCCCAGAUGCCGCCAUGACAACAGUCACUAUGUGGUUUCACUUUGACUUCGAUGUGAAUGUAGAACUGAAAGCUCAGCUUCAGUGCACGCCUGCAAGUGCCUUGUCAAGGAAUUUCCACAUUUUAAAAAAAUAAAUAUUUUUGUACACAAUGCGAAAGAGGAAAUGCACUUUAAAAUCACAAGAAUGGAUGUAUUUUGUGUGGUAUAAGAGAGUGGUUUGUAACAAAUGCAAAAAUGUAAUAAAGGUAGUAAAAAACAAAA